AUGGCCACUACGACUUCGUUUACGGUCACUAAAGGACCCAUUACUAUUGAGACUCUCGACCAAGGUACUGGUCCUGUCAUCGUCAUUCUUCCCUCGCUGGCCCGUGGAGCAAACGACUACGACGUUGUCGCCCCGUUCCUUGUCGAAGCUGGCUACCGCGUUAUCCGCCCCCAGCCCCGCGGCAUUGGCAGGAGCAAUGGAGCUAUGGACAAGCUGACCAUGCACGACUUCGCCGCAGAUGUGGCCAUGGUCCUAGACCAUAUCGAGUGCGGUCCGUCCGUCAUCGUUGGCCACGCAUGGGGUAGCCAGCCGGCGCGCAUGCUGGCCGCCGACCGUCCAGACCUCGUCCGUGGCGUCGUCAUGGCAGCCGCCUCGGCAGGCAAGCUCCCCCCCGGCUCGACCGAGAAGCCCUUCAGCCGGCUGCGCACUGAGAUUGACGGGUCCGGCGAUAUGUCCCUCCCCGAGUCCAAGCGCCUCGAGUACCUUCAAGCGGCCUUCUUCGGACCCGACGGUAACCCACGUCUGUGGCUGGACGGGUGGAACGAAGCCGCGCAUAAGGCUCAGGCGCGUGCGCGUAUGUGCACGCCCGUCGACAAGUACUUUUCUGCUGGAGAGACUGUUCCCAUCUUGGAUCUACAGGCUGAGCACGACGCCGUUGUCGUGAAGGAUGUGAUGAAGCCGUGUCUGGGUGAUCGUGUUGAGGUGCAGGUUAUCAAGGGUGCUGGCCAUGCUAUGGCGCCAGAGCAACCAGAGGCUAUGGCCAACGCCAUUAUCAAUUUCGUUAAAAAUAUCUAA